AUGCAAAGGUGUGCUGCCUACAGCCAAGUCACCUGCCAGACCAUCAGUACCAAUCCGGGAAUCAUCUCAGACACUUGCUGGUUCAGUGAAACAGGCGGUGCCAAUCCAUGUCCAGGGUCCGCCAGGGAGUAUUCAACGCGGAAGAUCGAGACGUCGGGCCCUGCCGGGCACAGAACGGUGUGCAUCGAUACGAUCCCAGAUGACGUUUGCCCGGUGCAGGUCUGUGUCAGAGGCUUCUGUGGUGAUAGGCACUGCUACAACACUGGGACACCGAUUCAGAGCUGCAUCAACUUUGAUGAGGAUUUGAAUACAUCCAAAGCCAGAUGUACGGACUGGUCGCCCGGAAGGCCCUUCUGCUUCGUUUCCAUCAACUCGGAUGCCGUGGGUGACUGUGCCUCUGUCAGUGAGUUUGCCAUUCUCUGGGACUGCUGUGAUCCAAAUGGUACGAGCACCACGGCGACAAUCGUGACUUCAAGGCCCAUGACCUCAGAGACCACUACUCACAAACAUACAGCUGCACCGACCACGACUACAACCCAAGCCACAGGGAUCCACACCACAGAAACACCUAUGACUUCAAGCACCGUGUCCGCGGCCACCACUACACACGAAGCUACUGCGACUACUACGUCCGACGCUACAGCGACCAGCACGGCGGCAACGGUCGUGACGUCGAGUUUCAAGCCCUCAUCAUCCACAACUGCAUCCAGACCUACGACGACGCGGCGGCGGCACAGAUGGAGGCACAUCGCUUGCAGCAUCCAGAAUGUUGAUUAG